GGCAAUGAGAUUGCGAUAAAGAGAGAAGUACGCCUUUAUGUAGUGAGGUUUGGAACCGUAGGAUGUCGAAUCUAUGAGGGCCCCGUCUAUUCUAAUAUUGUCUAGCCGAUAUUCUUAAUUAUAUGGAUAAUCCCAGAAAAUUUACAAAGGAAACUGGAGAUAAGCAGAAAAGAUGGGAAAAAAGAAUUACGGUCUACCAAAGGACAGCAGCACGAGAAAAACUCGUAGAAGUUAAAACGGUCGCAAACCCCUGUUCAGGAUUUCAUCAUCCCUCGUGGAGGGUUUUCCCGAAGAAUUUUUCACCUCGGUCAAAUUUUGACUACGAGAAGCGAGACCGACUUCGGCAACUAGGACCGAAUGUGACAGAAUGUUUAUUGCGAUACUCUACUUGGAAGAGUGUCGUGGCUGGAUUGGGAAGCUCUGGCGCCAAUGGGCAUAAAAGAAAGGAAGAGAUUCCAUUUUUAGGGGUCUUUAGGCUGACAAAGUGGCCUGACAGAUCGGAAAGUCACGCCACUGGGUCUAACUCGCCCCGGUUUAAGAAAGCUUGUUUCGCCUGCAUCGCGUCUUAUUGGCAAUUUACUGCAAUUUCUUCGAAGCACAAACACGGGUAUCGAGGCUUUGAAGCAGCCCUAGUAGGGAGCAUGUGCAAGUGGGCCUCCCACGAAGCAGCGUGGGUUGGGUGUGCAGGUGUGGGAAGAAAGCAAGGGCAAAAAAGGAUGAACAAGAAAGGAUCAGCUUCAGGGGUCUUUGUUAAGUCUAUUAGACAAAUAAAGUGGGUUCGGCUCAAGUUAAAGCACCGGGUACCCACAAACUCCCGUUCCGCCCCGACUUAUUUUCGGCAUGAAGCCGGCUCUAAUCUAGACCAAGACGGAAGACCUAGUUAGGAAUGUUGCUAGUCAGGCUAAAUUGCCAAGAAUUUGGGUAUAAGUCACCUGGCUGAAUCAUUCAACCGAACAGCGAGUCACCAGUCAC